AUGAAGAAGAAGCAUUUUCACGGUGGAACAAGAAUUGCUUUGAAUCCUCAUAAUUCUAUUGUUAUUAGGAUUCCUGAUACUAAGGUUUUACACAUUUUGUCUCGAUCAUUGUUCUUGGUUAUGAUUCUUGUCGCAUUGCCUUUCUUUGGAAACAUUCUUAAUGGAUUCUCUUUCACAUUGAGUUCCCAUUCAUGUGUUGUUUCCAAAACUGAAACCUCGUUUGGUUCUUACAAUUUUGAGCUAUUGAAUUGGAUUCUUCAUGAUAUGGGUGAGAAAGGAAUCUACAAAAAGGAUUAUAAGGCUCUCAUUGUAAGUCCUUCCAAUGCCUUUGGAUUUGAGGGCAUUGAUGUGGUCAUCAUGGGUGGUGAUUAUGAAACAAAGAGUUUGUUCCUUGAUGAGUCUUAUGAUUUUGUAUUUACAUCAAAUUAUAGUGAUGUUGAAUUUGUUGAUCGAGUUGUAAAAAUGGGUGGAAUUGUGGUGAUGCUGAAUUCUUUGAGAGAUAAACCAUCAAAGUGUGCUUUUAAAGAACAAUUACAUUAUAGACUUGUUUACCUUAGACGUUAUGGAAGUUCUAUGAUUGUAGCAUUGAGGAAAACAAGCUCGGCAAUUAAACACCAAUAUGGAACUUGA